AUGGCGGCUGAGUUGGCAGCGGAUCUGCUUCAGAAUGCCUCGUUCAGUCGUGUGGCAGCGCUGGAAGCCACCGAAGCAGGCCUGGCUGCUGUCGACGGUGGUGCUGGGACUGCAUCUGUUCCGAUUCAGCAGCUGGCAGCUGAGUUGCAGUCGUUGUUGGCAGCUCUUAAUCCUGUUCUGAUCAAGGAUAAUACUGAGGACAACUUCUCUUGGGCGAAGUCUUCUAGUGGGAGCUUUACCGUUAAAUCGUGCUAUGAGUUUUUUAAGAAGUUUCUUUCCGGUCAACCUAUGGAAAGUGAUAAGGUUAAGGCCUUAAACUUUCUAUGGAAAUUCAAAGUUCCUCCAAAGAUUCUUUGUUUUGCUUGGAGGUUUUUAUUAAAUAGAUUGGCCACUAGAGAUCAAUUGGUGAGAAGAGGUGUGUUGGAGGAAGGAAUUGAUUCUAGCUGUGCCUUAUGCGGCUUCGGUGAGGAAUCUUUAUCUCAUCUUUUCUUUUUGUGUAAGGUUUCCGUUCGCAUUUGGAGAAGGGUGUUUAUGUGGCUUGAUUUAUCCGGACUUUUGUCCUUUGAAGAGUUUGGGGAUUUCUUCUAUAAUUUCCGGAAAAUUCCUUGCCUUAAUAAGUGUAUGAUUGUGGGUACCGUUUGA